AUGAAGAUAGGGGAAGUCAGUGUCCCUAGAUGUUUCUUUUCUGGCAUCGUUACCCCGAAGAACCUGCAGAUCCACGUUUUUGUCGACGCAAGCGAAAACGCAUACGCCUGCGUCGUAUAUAUUCGAAGUCUGUACAACGGAACACCUCGAUGCUCGCUGAUAGCCGCGAAGACCAAGGUGGCACCAUUAAAACCAAUUUCAAUUCCGCGGUUAGAGCUGCAGGCGGCUUUGAUCGGUUCUCGACUUCUUGAUAACAUCUGCAAGUCUCUGACGAUAACAGUGGCCGCCAGAUAUCUUUGGUCAGACUCGACAACUGUGCUCGCGUGGUUGAAGUCCGAAACUCGACGAUACCACCAGUUCGUCGACUUCCGGGUAGGAGAGAUCCUCAGUACGACUACCGUGAGCGAAUGGCGGAAAGUACAGUCGAAGAUUAACAUCGCCGAACAAGCGACGAAGUGGAGAGAUGGACCCAGUUUCAAUCCUAACGACUGGUGGUAUACAGGCCCAGCAUUCCUGAUGAAUCCAGAUGAUAAGUGGCAAAAGGAUGAUUCGGAAGAGUUUUCGACGGAAGAAGAUUUGCGAGCUGCUUUCCUGCACCAUCGAGUUUUGUCGACACCAAUUCUUCAGUACUUAAGAUUCUCAAAAUGGAAGAGAUUUCUGCGGUCGAUUGGAUUCGUCGUCAGGGCAAUGAAGCGGUUCCUGGGGCUACAUGCGAUAGGCCCACUCUCACAAGAGGAACUACAGCAAGCCGAGACGCUGAUAUGGCAGCAGGUACAACAGGAAGAAUACACGGAUGAACUCGCAAUACUUCGCUACAAUAAAGAUAAUCCGGAUAUGGAGUCAAAAUCGGUUGACAGAACCAGUGCAUUGUACAAGUUGAGCCCGAUGCUUGAUGGUGAUGGAGUUCUACGCAUGAAUAGUCGGAUUGGAGCAGCGCCAAUAGUAACCAACGAAGUAAGAUUUCCGGUUCUGCUCCCGAAAAGUCAUCGAGCAACGGAGUUGCUUGUAGCUGAUUACCACGCACGUUUUCUACACAGUAACCAUGAAACGGUAGUGAACGAGUUAAGGCAGCGGUUCUAUAUUCCCCAGCUUCGCGUGGUCGUUAGGAAGAUUGCCAAGCAGUGCCAAUAUUGUAGGGUACAUAAGGCGGUACCUCAUCCACCAAUCAUGGCACCACUUCCAGAGAUUCGGUUGACUGCUUUCGUUCGUCCAUUCACGCAUACUGGUGUGGACUACUUCGGUCCUGUAUUUGUCAAGCAAGGUCGCAGCCUGGUUAAGCGCUGGAUAGCGCUUUUUACUUGCCUGUCCAUCAGAGCAGUGCACCUCGAGGUUGUUCAUGGUUUGUCUACCCAGUCGUGCGUGAUGGCUAUCAGAAGGUUCGUGGCACGAAGGGGAUCACCAUCAACGUUCUGCUCAGACAAUGGGACCAAUUUUAUUGGAGCAAGCAAUAUACUGCAGGAACAGCUCAAGAUCACCAAUGAACACUGCGCUGCUACCUUCACUAACACGAAUACGAGAUGGUUGUUCAACCCGCCGUUGACGCCCCACAUGGGAGGAUCAUGGGAGCGCAUGGUCAGAUCAGUGAAGGUGGCGAUGACGGCAAUUUCAGAGCAUCCACAUCACCCCAGUGAUGAGGUUUUGGAGACAGUUGCGCUGGAGGCUGAGUCGGUGGUUAAUUCUAGGCCACUAACCUACAUCGCAUUGGAUCAUGCUGAGCAGGAGGCUCUUACGCCGAACCACUUCAUGCUCUACGGUACGCAAGGAGUCAACCAACCCUGCCGAGAGCUGGUGGAUUACACUACGCUGCGGGACAGUUGGGAGCUUGCCCAGUAUCUUGUGGAUACCUUCUGGAGACGCUGGGUACAUGAAUAUUUACCCAUGUUAACCCGGCGCACCAAGUGGUUCCAGCUAGUAAGACCUUUAAAAGCCGGAGACUUGGUGGUCGUGGUAGACGAAGGUAGGCGCAAUGGAUGGCUUCGAGGACGAAUUCUUGAUGUGGUGUCAGGAAAGGAUGGACAAGUGCGGAGAGCAGUGGUGCAAACAUCCAAAGGAACGAUCAGUCGUCCAGCAACGAAGCUGGCAUUCCUAGAGGUUCGAGCUAGCCGAGAGAUAGGAGAGGCUUGUUUGAGCGAACCGGAACUACACGGGCGGGGGGAUGUUGCCGCACCCACUGUGCCGUUACUACCGGUUACCAAGUGA